AUGGAUAUGAAAAAGAAGAAGCGGAAGGUCCUGCUCAUGGGCAAAAGCGGCUCGGGGAAGUCCUCUAUGCGAUCGAUAAUAUUUAGCAACUAUGUCGCAAAGGAUGUGCGGCGGCUGGGCGCUACAAUUGACGUUGAACAUAGCCAUGUCAAGUUUAUCGGUAACCUAACCUUGAAUCUAUGGGAUUGCGGAGGACAAGACGCAUUCAUGGAAACGUAUCUCGCAUCCCAGAGAGAAAAUAUAUUCUCCGAUGUCGCCGUGCUGGUAUAUGUUUUUGAUAUCGAAUCCCGUGAAGUCGAGCGAGACCUCGACACCUACAGCGCUAUCAUCGGUGCCCUCCAAGAAUUCAGUCCGAACGCCUAUGUCUUCUGUCUCAUACAUAAGCUCGAUUUAAUCCAGGCCGAACACCGAAGGCGGAUAUGUGAGGAACGAUCAGCCUUGAUUCGCGCCCGAUCUGGCUCAUUUUCCAUUGAUACCUUUGGCAGCAGUAUUUGGGACCAGUCGCUGUACAAAGCUUGGGCUGGGAUCGUACAUAAACUUAUCCCAAACCUCUCCGUGAUAGAAAGGUUUUUGCAUGCAUUUGCAGCAAAAAUCGAUGCUGAAGAGGUGGUUCUGUUUGAAAGAUCGACCUUUCUGACCAUCACCUCUGUCACGUCUGAGGUGGGCAAGUUAAACCCUAUCUACGACCGUCACGAGCGGCUAUCAAACAUCAUGAAGGCAUUCAAACACUGUGCUGCUAGGAAUACGCAUACAACCCCUGCGUCAGCAAGUUUCCUGGUCAUGCACACAAAGACCCCACAAUUUAACGUGUUCCUCGGGUUGUUCACAGACAAUACGUACAUUCUUGUUGUGAUACCGCCAGGCGAAGCAGCGUACAACUGCGCGGUUAUGAACACUAUGCUGGCUCGCGAGGGGUUUGCCAAAGGCUCAUCAGGAGGCAGUGCUGACGGAUUCCCACUUUCAUAUUCUGAUACCCCGGCUAGCGUACCGAAUGGACAACACAAUGGACAUGGCUGA